CUCCCCAAUCGAUUGGGUUGGGUUUGCGGGUGGACCGAUGACGGUGGCCGCCGCACGCUGCCUCAUUCUCACCCCCACCAUCUCCUCCUCCGCCGCCGCCGCCGCCGCCGUCCUCCGGCUCCCCCGGAUCGCCCGCCGCCGCCCGCUCUCCUGCUCGGCCUCGCCGCUCGCCGUGUUCGCCUCCAUGGACUCGCCGCCCGAGGGCUACCGCACCAACGUCGGCAUCUGCCUCGCCGACCCCUCCCUCACCAAGAUCUUCUCCGCGUCCAGGAUCGACAUCCCCACCGCGUGGCAGAUGCCUCAGGGUGGGAUAGACCCAGGGGAAGAGCCGCGAGCAGCUGCCAUCAGGGAAUUGAGGGAAGAAACCGGUGUUAGAUCCGCCGAGAUUGUCGCCGAGGCCCCCAAUUGGUUGACAUAUGAUUUCCCCGCGGAUGUCAAAGACAAGCUGAAUGCUAGGUGGGGAACAAACUGGAAGGGCCAGGCUCAGAAGUGGUUUCUAUUUAGGCUUACCGGUGGUGAUGACGAGAUCAACCUGAUGGGGGAUGGAUCCGAGAAGCCAGAGUUUUCCGAGUGGGCAUGGAUGACCCCUAAACAAGUGAUUGAGAAGGCUGUUGAUUUCAAGAAACCUGUCUACGAGGAGACACUGAAGCACUUCGCCCCAUAUCUACAGUCAGAUCCAGCAGCUUCGUCAUAAUAGACUUGUGCAGCCUCCCACAAGCUUUAUUCAUGUGUAGGGGAGCUGUGUCGCCAAUAAUCUCUCGAAAAUGUACCGGGGCCAGGUGCACGAGUAUUUCUGGAACGUCUCGGCAUAUCGCCACGGGCUGUUUCUCCCGGCAUUGGAUCCUCCAGUAGACUGAUCAUGCUCGAUGAGUUGAGUACGCUGCCGUCGCAAUAAUAAUCUCGCCACAGUUCCCUUCCCGUGGCCUGUUUGGUUUA